UUGUACAUGCUCUAAGCGCGCGCCUAACAGUAUAAAUACUUAGAAUCCCUGCGUGAAACCACACCGCGCGCGAAACAAACAUUCCAUCUUUGAUCUUUCACCAGUCACCACACAGCACUUGCAUUUCUUCUCCGUUUGAUCUUCGGCAAGAGGAUGGAAGCGAAGAGAUCGGCCGCCAUUACCUCCGCGUGCGUGCUCCUCGUCGUGAUGCUGUCCGGGCAGGUGCAGCAGGCGGCCGCCAUCUCCAAGUUCUGCGCGUGCUACCAGGGGUGCUACCCGGCGUGCAGGCAGCAUGUGCCGCGGUUCUUAUGCGUUCCGUUCUGCGCCAACAAAUGCAGCCCCAGCCAGGCCGCCGCCACCGCCACCGGCGGCGGCGGCGGCGACUCGUGCUUGGGGGCCUGCGCCGCCGUCAAGAUCUGCGGCCUGUCCGAUCCUCCGGCAGAGGCAGUUGACGUGGCGACCUGCGCGCGGAACUGCAGGAAGGAAAUGAGCCAGAAUUGAUCUACUGUUUACCGAAAGAAAAUGAACGAUCUUAAUCAAGAGCUUGUGUGUCGAUCAUGGGAUCAUAUGAUGUUGCAAGGCUAUGAUUUGUAGUGGCAAUAAUGAAAAAAAAAGGGCUAUGUUUCUGCCGCAUACCACUUUUGUGGAUGCGCCGUAUUCAAGAUUAUGUUAAAUUCGCUUUAUAAAUGAACAAAUUUAAAUUCAA